AUGCAAGGUUCCUAUUCCGAGACUGCCACUGAAUCGGAAUCUGAAAGCUCUCAGCAUUCUACGGUUACUACGGCUGCUUCAACGUUACCAAAGAGGAAGUGUAAGCGGUGUAAGCGGCUAAGUGAAGAGGUCACAACAACCUCAGUGAAAACGAAAGGGGCCAAGGUAGAAACAGAUUUGGUUAGUGAAGAGGCCACACCAACCUCAAAGAAAGCAAAACCGGCCAAGGUAGAAACAGAUUUGAUUAUGAAUUCUUUCGUUGUUGGACAUCUUGUUCGUUUGGGACUUAGUGAAGAACGUGUGAAGGAAGGGUGGAGUUUGGUGCCAGUGGAGAGGAAGAAGAAGAUUGAAGAAGAGUAUAAAGCUUUGAUGCUCGAAGAAAUGCAACGUUUGGCUAGGAAAGCUAACCUUUUGCGUGAUUUGUUUGCUUGA